AUGAAAUGAAAAUAUACUUUUGGUAACCCAAAACUAACCGUAACCCUAAAAAGACAGAAAGACAUUUUACCGUUACCUGAAGAAUUUUUUGCACGUAACACAAAUUGUCUUUCAUCUUCAACAAGAAAACUCAACCCCUAAAAAACUGACGUAUUGGUCUUUCUGAAGUUUGUCCAUUCUCAAAAGAAUAAUAGUUCUGCACGCCAUGAUCUAUGACCUCUGAAACAAACAUUGCAUCUACUCCUUUGAUGUGAGAUUUUAUCUUUCACCUUUCUUUUUUUAAAUUCUGAUUGCCAUUUUUAUCCAGAAAAGAUCCCCUCACUCUUGUUUUUAACCAGAUCAGCACAGGAAGACAACGGCUGUCAACUAAAGCACAAGAAAUGCCUCAUUGUAAAAGAGAGACUGAUAAGAAAAUGAGUGGGAGAGAAGACGAACAACAGAAGAUCCUAAAAGAGGAGCUUGACGCAUCUCCUCUUUUAAAGCAGCACGCUUCAGAUCAGUGCGUGGACGAGACUUUUUCUGAGGUGCAGAGAUCUGCUGAUGAGCAGCGAAUGCAGUUUCUUCAGCUGCUGGUACAGAAUUCACGAUCAGGUCAGAUCAGACCGUCUGUACUUCGGUCUACGGCUCUCCUGCUUCAGGGAAAUGAGAGCAACCCAACAGCCAUGAGCAGAAGAAAAGACACAGGUCACAGUGCGCAGAUUUCCAUCCAAGCUGUCGCUGAAUCAAGCCAACACAGGAAACAAUCUGCCAGCUUUCACUUUCACAGCCCAGUCCAGUCAGAGAUCCAGAGAUCCAGUGCACUUUUCAUAAAUGGACAUUGUCGCUGGCCAGGCUGUGAAAAAGCCUUUGAUGAUAACACACAUUUUCUGAGGCAAGUCUAGCAUUUUUUAAAGUAUCUGAAGUAAUGUCAGCACACCUCAUUGAUCUUUUUCAUUAUGACUGCUAAACUGUCUAGACAUCUGAACCGAGACCACAGCACAGACGAUAAAACUAUCGCACAAUGGCGAGUUCAGCAAGACCUGGUGCACCACAUGGAGAAUCAGCUCAUCCAGGAAAAGCAGAAACUUCAUGCCAUGCAGCUCCAUCUCCGACUCUUCGAAUGCAUCUCCACAUAUACGGGAGUUGCUGGAGGCUGGUGGAGGCCGCUGGCACUAAAUUUUCCCCCAUUGGGUGAGCCAGAUGGCAGGACAGAGAGAGCUUGUGAUGCACCGGUACAACAGGAGCCUUGGCACAUCCCACCACCACACCUGCUGCCAGAUUUCGUUAGCAGUGCUGAAUACUACAAAUGUGCCAAUAUACGUCCGCCCUAUACGUAUGCGUUCCUAAUCAGAUGGUCAAUCUUGGAAGCCCCAGACAAACAACGAACAUUAAACGAAAUCUACAACUGGUUCACAAGAAUGUUCUUCUACUUUCGUCAUAGUUCCCCUACAUGGAAGAAUGCCGUGAGACACAAUCUUAGUCUCCACAAAUGCUUUGUCCGGGUGGAUGGAAAGACAGGGGCCGUGUGGACGGUGGACGAGGAAGAGUUUCAGAAGAGGAAAGGCCAGAAAAUCCACAGGGACUACACUUUAAAAUGGUCGACACCCUUCUCACACUGUCCACCUUAUGAAGCCUCAGAUGUACCAAUAAAAGCCAAAGAUUCUCAGUGAAAUAUUUGUUUGUUUGUGUGUAGUGUAAUAUAGAGACAGACUAGGCUAAAAUUUAGAUUUUUAGUUUUAAUUUUAGGCAUUACCAUGAAGUAUUGAUUGUUUGUUUGUUAAUAUUAAUUGUCAAUACUUUGUUAAUAAUCUUUCUUAUAACAUUACUGUUGCAUAAGUAUUUUACAUACAUAGUCAUAUAUGCAAAUUGUAGGUUUUUAUUUUUAUAUACAGUGGUGGUUAUAAAAUGAUGUAUUUCUGACUGUUAUUUUGUAUGUAUUUUAUUAUACCUGAUUAAAAUGAA